CGAAAAGAAACGCGUCGCGAUCGCUCCGAACGGUCCGUGUAAAGUAGCAUAAAUUUGUUUCAGUGUCGGCCUUAUAUGGAAAUUACUUGUGCUGCAACGGAAUAUGAAACAAGAAUCUGCCAGUUGCCUAUGAGAAAUCCCCCUGAGUGCCCACGCUCGACCCCCCUUAAAAAUUCCCAAAAAUUUGUAAAAAAGGCUUUUGCUGACGCUUACCAUGUGUUCCAAAGAAUUGCUGCUCCUGGCCGCCAUUCUAGCUGCUCGCUGUUUUGGCAGUGGCUCUACUUGCGAGGAGGCCAUGGAAAUGGAAUCGACAGGGCAGGGGCUCAGAAACAAUAGGUACAACAACUACAACAACUACAACGAUUACAACUACAAGUGGGAUGUGGAUGCUGAUGGCAUUGCAGAUAGCUACGAGGACGACAACAAUGACAACUAUAACUACAACAAAGCACCGUCCAAAUGGCAGCAGCAGCAGCAAAAACUCUACGGAAAUCCCAUCCACAGCAUAUACGACAAGCAGCAACAUCUACAACGGCAGCAGCAGCAACAUGAGCAGCAGCAGCAGCAGCAGCAGCAACAGCAACUUGAACAACAGCAACAGGGACAGUUUGAUGAUGAUCCAGAGAAUGCUCGCAAUGACUUCCGUCUGCAAUUGUCCGACUUAAAUGCGGCCGUUCAAGGUGUGGGCAGGUUUGUUGUUGCCCAGGACAGCAGCAACAGCCAAAGCAACGGCAACAGCAACACCAAUAGCAACAGCAACAUCAACGACAACAGCAACUUUAAACGGCUGCAGCCACCGGAGCAGGAGCAAUUGUUGCUGGCACGUCGCAGUCGCAGCAGCAACAUAAACCAAAGGGCAGCCAUGGAUGAAGACGAAGCCGAAGCUGGAGAACCAGGUCAGCGGGAGUACACUUACAACGAGUUCCCAGCAGCUGACGUCCCCGAAAUCGUGGACAUUGAGGGCGAGGAGGAUUAUGCGGGUCAGGAUGAGGAGGCGGAUGAGCUGAGUUCCAACCUGCCCUACGGAAUCCAGAAUGUGCGCAAGCGUCGUGUGCGCAGUGUUAUGCCACCGGUUCCUUUUCUGGGUCCCAAUCCCAGCUCAGAUGGCGUGGUAACCUAUCAAUCGCUGUGCCCCACGAAUCGUGUGACCGUGAAGUUGGAGAGCGGCGACUACCGACCCAAUCACUACGUGGAGGUGACCUGUGCCCACAGCUACUCGCCCCAGCCAUCGAGGACCCACAACUACGAGUACGGAUACAGGGGCAAUGAACUGCUCCGAGCUCUGCUCUCCGAGCGCGGUGAAAAGCGAGAGAUCUGCUCGGCGACGGGCUUCUCGUGCAUCCAGCUCAACCGCACCAUCCACCUGAUCCGGCUGAACGACGCCUCCGGCUGCUGGGAAUCGGAGACGCGAACCGUGCCCUCCGGUUGUGAGUGCAUGUGGCCAAAGCACAGCUACGGCGACAUAGCCUUCUACCACCAGGCGCAGAAGAGGCGGGGCGGAGGAGGAGGCGUGACCGGGCUGCGACCCCAUGGCCCCAUCAAUGUGGAUUACAAGCCCGGAGUGGGCUAUCGCCAACUGACCCUGAGGACGCGGACUCCCAAGCCAGCUCCGCGCAGUCGACGCGAGGAUUUGGGCUACGAGAGCUACGAGCUCAACUAGUAUC